UAUGAUUAUCAGAUACGUUCCUAAUGCAAUUGAAUGUCAAUAUAUAAUAAUAGAUCAUUAGAAUGGGUCUAAUAUCCGAACCGCUCUUGUUUGUAUUAGCUUUAAUCGAUACCGGUUCGGUACUUUUCCUUUUGGUGUAUUUCGUCAUAACUUUAUCAGAUUUAGAAUGUGACUAUUUAAAUGCACAACAGUGUUGUUCAAAGUUAAAUACGUGGGUGGUACCAAAGUUAGUAGCACAUUCAUUUUUAGAGUUUUUAUUAUUAACACAUGGGCAGUUAAUAUUGUGCUUGGUAAAUUUACCAAUGACAUUGUGGCUGCUCUAUGAAUAUUUUGGUGUACCUAGUGGCAAUAUGGGAGUUUAUGAUCCCACAGAGAUUCACAAUCGUGGCCAGUUAAAGAGGCAUACAAGAGAUUGUAUGAUCUAUCUUGGAUACUAUCUUAUUUUCUUUUUUAUUUAUCUUUAUUGCAUGAUUAUUGCAUUAUUAAAAGGGGAUCCAAUCAACAGGAAUGAAGAUGAAAUAUUACAUACAGAAUAACAGUGAUAACAUUUAAACUUUUAUACAUCUUUGUCUUUUACUUCAGUCAUGUGUGAUCAUUUAUUUAUUUCUAUGUUAAUUAUGCCAAAUGAAAUUUUGUUAGAAUGGAUAAAAGAAGUAACCAUUUCCAAUCACAACUUAGGAUACCUUUAAGGACUAAGAUCCCUUGAAUAUAGGACUUCCAUGAGAUUGUAGAAAUUCUUAUGUUAAUUUAAUUAUAAGCAUUACAUGUGAUAA